AUGUGCCCGACACCCGAGCUGCAGGAGGGGCACAGCUGCUUCACAGGGGUGUUUCAGCUGGGAGAGAGCUGCUCCCUGGGCUGCCUCCCUCGCCCUUCCCGAAUCAGCCCCAGCACUGCUGACAACCCCUUGGGCUGCGCCGUCUACGGCAUCCUGCUCCAGCCGGACCCCGGCCUGCAGCACCACCAGCACGCCCCCGUCCAGGCUGGAGAGCCAUCCCACAAAUGCGGGGUGUGCGGCCACGACCUCGCUCACCUCUCCAACCCCCAUGAGCACCAGUGCUUGCCAGGCCAUGACCGCUCUUUCCAGUGUACCCAGUGCCUGAAGAUCUUCCACCAGGCCACCGAUCUCCUCGAGCACCAGUGCAUCCAGGUGGAGCAGAAGCCUUUUGUGUGCGGCGUCUGCAAGAUGGGCUUCUCCCUCCUGACCUCGCUGGCGCAGCACCACAACGUCCACAACGGCAACGCCAUGAAGUGCUCCAUCUGUGAGAAGACCUACAAGCCCCCCGAGGCGGAGCACUCGCAGCCUCUUGACCCCUCGGAGAAGCCCUACAGCUGCUCCAUCUGCCAGAAGACCUUCAAGCACCUCUCGGAGCUGUCCCGGCAUGAGCGCAUCCACACGGGCGAGAAGCCGUACAAGUGCACGCUGUGCGACAAGAGCUUCAGCCAGUCGUCCCACCUGGUGCACCACAAGCGGACGCACAGCUCGGAGCGGCCCUACAAGUGCACGGUGUGCGAGAAGACCUUCAAGCACCGCUCCCACCUGGUGCGCCACAUGUAUGCACACUCGGGGGAGCACCUCUUCAAGUGCAACGUCUGCGAGCUGCACUUCAAGGAGUCGUCGGAGCUGCUGCAGCACCCCUGCACGCCCAGCGGCGAGCGGCCCUUCCGCUGUGGCGAGUGCCAGAAGGCCUUCAAGCGUCCCUCGGACCUGCGGCAGCACGAGCGCACGCACAGCGAGGAGCGGCCCUUCAAGUGUGAUCUCUGCCAGAUGAGCUUCAAGCAGCAGUACGCGCUGAUGCGCCAUCGCCGCACGCACAAGACCGAGGAGCCCUUCAAGUGCAACCUGUGCGAGAAGGGCUUCGUGCAGCCCUCGCACCUGGUGUACCACCAGCACGUGCACGGCAUAGAGAACCUCUUCAAGUGCAACGUGUGCCAGAAGGGCUUCAACCAGUCCUCGGAGCUGCUGCGGCACAAGUGCGUGCAGAACGCGGAGCGGCCCUUCAAGUGCGCGGUGUGCAACAAGUCCUACAAGCGGGCCUCGGCGCUACAGAAGCACCAGCUGGCCCACUGCACCGAGAAGCCGCUCAAGUGCACGCUCUGCGAGAGACGUUUCUUCUCCUCCUCCGAGUUCGUGCAGCACCGCUGCGACCCGGCCCGCGAGAAGCCCCUCAAGUGCCCCGACUGCGAGAAGCGGUUCAAGUACGCCUCGGACCUGCAGCGCCAUCGGCGCGUGCACACGGGCGAGAAGCCCUACAAGUGCCCCUCCUGCGAGAAGGCCUUCAAGCAGCGCGAGCACCUCAACAAGCACCACAGCGUGCACGCCCGGGAGCAGCAGUACAAGUGCAUGUGGUGCGGGGAGCGGUUCCUGGACCUGGGCCUGCUGCAGGAGCACAGUGUCCAGCACACGGCCGAGGGGGCUUACCAGGUGGCUGCCUGCCUGCCCUGAGCCUCCCGCCCUCGGCAGCGUUCUGCUGGCGUGUGACGCUCUGGAGCCUCGGCCUCCCCGUCCCUCUCCUCGGGCCGUAGACGGCCUCCCGGGGAGCUUGGAGGAAAGGGGAGGUGCGGCGGGCGGGUAGACUUUCCUCUGGC